AGAAAAUAUUUCUUCAUGGCUGACAAUGAGAAUGUGGUAUUUCGCCAGCAGCUACUAUCAAUUGAUGAAAACCUAGGGAAGGAAGAUGUAGAAGACCUGAAAUUUCUCUGUUCUGAUUUCAUCUCAUUAAAGAAGCUGGAAACAGUGAAAUCAGCCCAGGAUAUUUUCCAAUUUCUCAUCAAUGAGGACUUAAUUAAUAAGGAUGAUACUUUUCUCAUAGCAGAGCUUCUCUACAUUAUUAGGUGUAACUUUCUGCUCCAGAAACUUGGUUAUACUAAAGAGAUUGUUCAAGAAGAACUGCCUAACAGAGGAAAGGUAUCUAGUUAUAGACAGUUGCUGUAUGAAAUAGCAGAAGAGCUCACAAAGGAUAACGUGAAGGAUGCUGCCUUUCUUCUGAAGGCCGACCUCCCAAAGAAGCAACCCAUUAUG